ACAUACCUUCUCUCCCCACAGAUGGCCCAAAGGCUGGCGCUCCAGCGGCUGCUGUCCCUCGCACCCAGGACGCUGCCCUCCCAGGGUCCCCUGGCACCAUGUGCCCCCCUGGCACCUCACGGCAGGGCCUUCGGCACCUCAGCAGGCUGCAGGAGCACCUUCAACGUGCAGGAUGGCAGCGACUUCCAGGACCGGGUGGUGAACAACCCCAAACCCGUUGUGGUGGACUUCCACGCGCAGUGGUGUGGCCCCUGCAAGAUACUAGGCCCCAGGUUAGAGAAGAUGGUGGCCAAGCAGGAGGGGAAGGUGCUGAUGGCCAAAGUGGACAUUGACGAUCACACAGACCUUGCUAUUGAGUACGAGGUGUCAGCAGUGCCAACCGUGCUGGCUAUGAAGAACGGAGAUGUCGUGGAUAAGUUUGUGGGGAUAAAGGAUGAGGAUCAGCUGGAGGCAUUCCUCAAGAAACUCAUCGGAGCCUGAAGUAAAAGGGUGGCUGUACCUCUGCCUCUGGACACGUCCAUGUUGUGCAUUCCUGGCCUGGGAGAGCUGAGGGGCACGUGAACUGCCUGCCUUGUGCAACCUGGGGUUUUCUUCUGGUUUGGGGUUUUUAGGAGAUGGACAGUGUUGUAACCCUUCCCUCCCACUCCCCCUUCUCUUGAGCAGCAGUAGUUGUAAAGGGCGCUGAGGAGCGGGGCUGCUUAUUCUCAAAAUGGGGAAUGCGGCUGGAAUUAGGAGCCUGUGUUUAUCAGCAAAGAGCUGACACGCAGAGCUGCUGCUGCGUUAAGAGGAGGAAUGUUUUUCUCUUUGCCUAGCAUCUGAUAGCCCAGAGCAGAGGGCAGCUGCUCCCUGCAAGAUGUGGGUACAUACCUGCCUUGGGUGGGUUUGUUUAAAGCUGAGAAUGCCUCUGCCUUGUCUGUGAAACCUGUCUCUCUGUCCCUCUGUCCUCGUGUCGCUGGGACAGGUACAACUCCUCCACAAGUCCAUGGGCUCCCGUCAUAAUUUUAUAAGAGAAAAUAGAAGUAUUUUAUGGAUCUCCUUUUGUAGGUCUGUAAUAAAGAGAACUUUAUGGUCACUGCUGUCUAGCUGGAGAAUAAAACUUGAUUCUCAGAAAUC